UUUUCAUCUGUUUUGCUGUGUUAUUCCAAGUUAUCUGUCCCCCGCGUUUCCCGAAUUAGAUCUGAUAAAAGUUUCAGGCUAGCUGAUUAGUCAUGACAACAUUCGGAUAUAUAUUCCCCCGAUAAACACCGUUCUUGGCGCUCGAAAUCUUGGCGUCUUUGCUCCACACAAAAAUGUUUGAUAGUGAAGACGAGACACGGAGGAGCGAAGAAAAGGCAGACAGCAUUAUCGGUGCUCUCCUUUUCUCGAACACAAACAUUAAUUUCUUUUCUUGACUAAUUUUGGAAGCAGAGACUUUUCAAAAUGGUCAAGCUUGGCAAGAAGUCCAAGCGCACGCCGGUAAGGCUGCGGCAUAAGAUUGAGAAGGCCAGUGCAGCGAAACAGAGGAAAUCAAGAAAAUUGGCGAAAAAGAACCCUGAAUGGCGGUCAAAACUAAAGAAGGAUCCCGGUAUUCCCAAUCUGUUCCCCUAUAAAGAUAAGAUCCUCCACGAAAUUGAAGAGAAGAAGCGGUUGAAGGAGGAGGAAACCCGGCGCAUACGGGAGGAAGCUAGGAGGGCUCGUCAAGGCGGCGCGGAGGAUUUUCAAGAUGCGCAACUGGAGGACGAAGACAUUUUGGACCAGGACGAUGAUUUGAUAGAUGAUGAUAUGGACCAGGAUGUUGACGAGUCGAAUCCCAUGGCUGCAUUGCUUGCCUCCGCUCGGGCGAGAGCGGCUGAGUUUGACGGCGAAGACGACGAUGAUGAAAUGGAUGAGGAUGACAUGGAUGAAGAUGACGACGAUGAGGAUGAGGAUGGUGGUGCUCCUUUGGAUGACUCGAUGGAUACGACCUUUGAGAAGUCAGCGCCGAAGGAGACUUCGAGACGGGCAUUUGACAAAGUAUUUAAGCAAGUCGUUGCUGCCGCAGACGUCGUAUUAUACGUUCUUGACGCUCGAGACCCAGAAGGUACAAGAUCAAAAGAAGUUGAAAGAGAGAUCAUGGCUGCAGAUGGGGGAUCCAAGAGACUCAUUUUAAUUCUGAACAAGAUCGAUCUUGUUCCACCGCCUGUUUUGAAAGGCUGGAUGCUCUACCUUCGACGAUAUUUCCCUACCCUACCAUUAAAGGCGUCAACAGGUGCUCCAAACGCCCACAGUUUUGAUCACAAGCAAUUGACAGUCAAAAGCACGUCGGAAACUCUGUUCAAAGCUCUGAAGUCUUACGCCCACAGCAAGCAAUUGAAACGUUCAAUAUCCGUCGGUGUCAUAGGAUACCCUAACGUCGGCAAAUCCUCUGUUAUCAAUGCACUCACUGCGCGCCUAAACAAGGGCUCUUCCUCGGCAUGUCCAGUUGGUGCUGAGGCCGGAAUUACCACCAGUAUCAGAGAGGUAAAGCUCGACAGCAAGCUGAAGCUCAUCGACUCACCCGGAAUAGUAUUCCCCAACGCAGAAAAGGGGAAGAAGAAAUCAUCCAAGAAGAUCAAUGAGGAAGCUCGCCUUGUCCUCCUCAACGCCAUCCCUCCCAAACAAAUUUCAGACCCUAUCCCCGCCGUCACCCUCCUUCUACAACGACUCUCUUCCACACCUGCCCUCCUCUCCAAAAUGCUCGAUGUCUAUGGCAUCCCUCCCCUUUUCCCUACCGAUGGAGACAAGACGAAUGAUUUCCUAAUCCAGGUUGCCCGAAAGCGAGGCCGGCUUGGUAGAGGUGGUGUUCCAAAUAUCAACAGCGCGGCAACGACGGUUAUUACCGAUUGGCGGGACGGACGUAUUCAGGGAUGGCUUGAGGCCCCCGUUAUUCCAGGAGCUACUUCCUUGCCUGCUGCAAAUGGCCCCAGUAACAUGGCUGCGGUGAGCGGUGCAGAUACCAAACAGAUUGUCAAGGAAUGGGCAGAGGAAUUCAAACUGGAGGGUCUAUGGGGUGAUGGCGUCCAACUGGAUGACGAGAUGGUUGUGGAGUAAUCCCCUUUUUCUACUAUAUCAUUUAUUGUUUUCUUUCCUUACUGUGUAUUCGAACGGAUAUCAAAAAGGCGCUUUUUGAGGUAUAUUGCAAUUGCUUAGACGGUUUUCAGGGAUAAGUCAUUAAUGUUAUUUACUAGGAUUACGAGAAUAUAUACCUACUAUUUUUAUGCAAUCUACUUCUAAUGACUCUUUAUAUGUCAUUUCUUCUCUGCACACGGGAGAAAAGACGUUUAUGGAUACUGAAUCCGAUUUCCGCUCAACAUUGAUUUCCGACUUCGAAUCGACCCCUUCAACCUUUUAAAAAGCUAUAAUCAUGAAGUAAAUAAAAUACAUUCAAAAUAUAUAUAAAUUAAUAUAAUACGGUAGAUUCUUA